GUCGAUAUCAUGCAAUUGAAACAAGACCGAUCCGACAAUACAUGCUGCGCUAGGGAACUAAGAUCGACUCUCUUAAAGCAAGGGUUGAUCUUAGCUUUGAUACUCUUUGAAAAUGCCGAAGGUCGGGCGUCCAUCGUCCGGUCAUCAUGAUCUUCGAGCGUGUACAGAGUGCCGUAAGCGAAAGAGCAAGUGCUCUGGCUCUUUGCCAUGCUCUUACUGUACUCGUGCCAAUAAAACCUGCGUCCUGGGUCGGCCCCCAUCUCGUACGCCGCUCACGAGAAAAAAUCUGGACGCAGCAGAGCUACGUUGUGCAAAAUUAAUCUCUUUGGUCAAAAGAUUUGAUCCAGAAAUCGAUAUCUAUGCGGCCUUGGAUUCAAUUACAGGAAAUGGUAUGGGAGAGCGUCCUGCGUCUCUAGAGAGGUCUGAAGCCCCAGAAACUGAUCCAGAGAGUGCUCCCUCAUUGGAUCGAUUUGAAUGGAGUGAGGCACCGAAUAUGUCUCCAUCGCAUCUCCAGAAAGAGCCACCGGACGGGAUGGCUGUACUUCCAACUAAACGGACGGAUACAGGCUAUCUUGGCAAUACCUCGGGGUCGACAAUGCUCAAUUCCAUUCCAGGCCUUCUUCCAGAUAGUACUAUUUCGCGUUCAAAAAGCCGACCACAUGGAUCUCCAGCCAGCAGUAACAUGACCAAUAGCCCUUCACAACUUGUGAACCUUGCCGUCACUACCACCCUAGAGAGACUUGUUGCUGCAUACUUUGGGUGGUAUAACCCUUCGUACCCAAUCCUUCACGAGAAAACUUUUCGAGAUAAGUUCCUGAAUCGCCAUCAAGUUCACCCAAGGUCAAACUGGCAUAUUAUAUUCCAUCUAGUAUUUGCAAUUGGUCACUGGAUUCUAGGGGAAGAAUCGGAAGCCGAGCAAUCCAGGUCUUACAUGGCCGCACGCUCAUGCAUGUCAAUGCGCAUGCUAGAGUCUGGAACUCUUCUUACAGUUCAGGCCUGUCUUCUGAUGGGCAACUAUCUUCAAAAACGAGAUCGACCUAACACCGGCUAUAAUUUCAUUGGAAUUGCGCACCGAAUGGCGCUUGGCUUGGGUCUUCAUCGAGAACCUCCUAUAGGAACUAUGGAAGAUACACUCUCCAAUGAGCGGCGAAGAGUUCUCUGGUGGAUUGUCUAUUGCUUUGACUCGGGCUUUAGCAUCACAACUGGAAGGCCCAUAACGGUCUCUGGCUCAUUUAUCGAGACUCGCCUUCCGCGAAAUAUUGAUGAUUCGGCUUGUUCACUAGAAUCUGUCUUGCCACCAACAACGGAUUCUCCAACUACCUAUUCGGCAAUUAUUGCUCAGUCACGUCUAACAUCAAUCGCCAACGCAGUAUUCGGUGAACUGAUAUCUUCGACAAACAAGACCUCAUGGGACCUGAGAGUUUCUCGUUCCAUCAACCAUCAAUUCAAUGCUUGGAAGCUAUCACUACCUUCUUACUUCACUACUCAUGUGAUUCCAGAAUGGUUCCGCGGUCCCCGUGCAAUUAUCAUAUGGAAGGAGCAAAAUCUCCGCAUGAUGCUUUGGUGGGGAAGUCAAAAAUUAUGCAAUCUGCCGUCCGAUCACGAAGAAGCCCAGAAUAUUUGUCAUCUCACAGCAGUUGAAACGAUACAGGAGAUCACUAAUUUUAUUGACAACAAUCUUGACAUAGUUCAUGCCGGGCUCAGUUGGUAUGCAACCUACUUCCUCUUCCAAGCAGCAGUUGUCCUCAGCAUCCACCAUCUCCAACCACCCCAGUCUGUUGAAUCGGGACCGAAAGAUAGAAAUCAAGACCUUUGGCUCUCAUCUGUGUCCAGAGCUCGGGACUGCUUGGCUUCCUUAAGCCAAAAGGACAAAGCUGCAACACGGUGCUUAGCCGUUCUAAACCGGUUACGAGAUCAUUUUCAGCAACAAGGACAACCCUCGGCUAUAUUCGGUGGUACUCGAUCUAAUUAUCAAGUUAACCUACUACAAGAAGACGCUGAAAUCCCAUCGGCGUCACUUGCUGUGGACCCUAUACUUCAAAUGUUCUUUGAAGAUCCGUCCUGGGGCAAUGAUUUAUUCCAUGGUCUAAGAGGUUUUCCAAGCACGGAUGAGGUUGGAGCAUUUGAGUAUGUCUCAUAAAACACAUAUUAGUAGUCAUCCUUUUGUGGAGACAUCAGUCCCAAU